CAUAAACAAAUAAAUGUGAUAAGCCGGCGAAUGUUUAUCGGAACCUUUAUUCGUGAAUGAUUGAUGUUCAAGAAAUAAGUAGAUUUUAAAGUGCGAAAAAGUGACUUAUAGUAGCGAAAUAACGCUAAUAAAACUAUCCGAUUCUACAAAGAUCAAAACCGUCAAAAAACAUACCAUGAUCCUUCGGUUAGUAACUGGUUCGCCCAGGAGUCGUUUUGCCGCUUUUUGGCUUAGAAAUCCUCUGAGCGUCAUCGGUACUGGGCCAAGAAAUCCGAUCGCUCUGUAUUUUAGUAAAAACUUUAACACCACUGCACAACGUCCGGCACCUGCUCUGUCGACACGCGCCUACGAUAUCAACACCAAUGUAGCCAAAGAUGUUAUGCUUUUCAAAUACGAAAAUCCUCGGUUCUUCAGGUUUUUGAAUAUAUUUGCCAUCAGUCAGUUCAUGUUUUGGAUCUACCUCACACAUUUCGCCUACACCACUUUGAAAGAUGCCCCCGUGGAAGAAAAAGACAAAGAAAAGUCCGCGUGGUAUGAAAAAAUCAACCUGGGCGAAAACAAGUACAGGAAUGGACUUGCCACCAUGACGUUUAUCAUAGGAUACGGAAUUUUAUUCGCUUCAUGGAUGUUUACAUUACGAUCGGUCCGCUUCUUGGUACUUCGGAAGGGUGGCAAAGCGGUCAGUGUGAUUACCUAUACACCAUUUGGCAAAAACCGCAUGAUGGAGGUGCCAAUGAACUGCAUUUCAGCCCAUGAAUCCAGAGAAGCUGCUCGAGUGACGAUCCCUAUCAAAAUAAAGAACCGAUCGUUCUUUUACAUUUUGGAUAAGAAAGGUGAAUUCCCCAACAGUCGAUUAUAUGAUAACACCGUUGGUCUGAAGCGUAAAUUAGAAUAGUUCUUUCAUCAAGCGAAAUAGUAAAUAAAAAAAAAAAGAUAGU